AUGGCACCGAGACGCUCGGUAUCCUGGCUUCUCUUGGCGGCGAAUCUCCAUCUAACCGCUGGACGUGGUAUUACCAUCACUCCUAGCUCCAUCUCAGCCAAAAAGCAGACGCAGCUCACCUUCACAGGAGCCAAGAAUGGCGACAAAGUGUUCUUUACCAAAGCCGAAUGCUCUGCUGUGACGGAUGAUGCCGCUGCUGUGAUCAAGAACGGCAGAGCAGCAAUCACCGUUGCCGAGGAAGCGAGCGGCCUGAAGCUUUGCCUGAAGCCGGCGGGUGGUGCAAUCGCCGAGCAGGCUGGAGUUAGCUUGAAUGUCAUCAAACCCACUCCGCCCUCGGUUGUGGAAUCGGUCAGUCGCAGCUCCAUCACCCGAGGGGUCACGACAUCGGUGACGCUGAAGGGAGCGGAGGCCAAUGCAAAAGCAGUCUUUGUCCCCGUUGAAAAGGAUUGCAGUGACGCAUCUCCCAAAGCAGUUUUGAAUGUGGACGGGAAAGGUUCCUUCACCAUCCCCACCGCAGGCAAGACCGGAGAGUAUAAGCUUUGCUACCAGUCUCCUGGUGGGAGCGAUUCAGUGCAGCAGACGGCGGCCAAGGGUGUCGUGAAGCUGCAGGUUCAAGAGUCUGCUACAACAAGCCAGGAUGAAAUCACGGGCAUCUCACCAAGCCUGAUCACGGUGAACGUGCCGACCGUGGUGUCCUUCACCGGCGCUGCGACAGGGGACAAAGCGGUUUUUGUGCACUCGGCAUCUUCGGACUGUGCAGCGGUCACGCCCGAGAAAGAUGUUGGCGCUGGACAUGCGAUGUUCACCAUCACGACGGCAGGUGAGUACACCUUGUGCUAUCGAUCUGCGGGUGCACAGGAUUCUGUUGCCCAGAAUGGAGAAGGGGUGAAACUGCAGGUCAAAGCGCCUGGCGUCACCAAAGAGAUGGUUGGGCGCUGGCAGAGCAAGGAGGGACAGCUGGAUUGCACGUCGCUGACAUACGUGCCUUACUGCGGUGUAUCGCAAGAAGAGAAAUGCAGCCGAACGUACAUGGUCCAGUCUGGUAUCGGUUACAAGUGUAGUUGGAAUCUUCAAGCAUGGCCUCCAAAAUGCACGGUCGAGUCUGCAACAGAUGUUGCAAAAAUCUGCAUGUCGGGAAGAUGCGCAAAUGACGCUUGUUGGUGA